AUGGCAGGCACGAUACGGCCCAAUGACAUGAAUGUCUCGACCACGCCGACACUCUCCUCGAGCACCCUGCCCAACCUCACAUCCCUCAACACCGACCUCACCAAGAAGCCCAACGCGCCGCGCGCCCCCCGCAUAGACGUCGAGCCCCUAUACUCGGCAGUCAAGGGCUCGAUAAGCGAUGUCGACUGGACCACGUACAAGAAGACUCUCUCCUUUUUCCUCCUCGGCAACCUCAAUCAAGAAGAGCUGUCCCACAAGCUCGGCAAGAUCCUGACCACGCCCGCCCUCGAACAUGCCCACAAUGCCCUCUUCACAGCCAUCUACGCCAACAUAUGGCGCGAUCCGCCCGAAGCAGGCAUCGCGAGCUGGGUGUCGAGUAGUGAUAAGCCGACAAGCGGGACGGUCAAGGGGACGGGGGAUGAGAGCGAGAAGAGGCUCAAGCAUGAGAUCAUGCAGUUGAGCCGUAGGGAAAGAAAGAGGCUCAAGGGCAUACCGGCUGGAGAAAGCCCGCUGGGUACGGGGCUGGAGGGCGCGGGCAGCGGUGCCAAUGGGCCUGCGCAGGAGUAUGUUGAUGCGAGACGGGCGAAGCAGUUGGAUGUUGGUCCAAGCAGUAAUCAAGGGGGUGGGUUUGGAAAGACCAACUGGGAACUCGAAAUUCGCAAACGCUACACUUCAGCCCUGUCUGUCGAAACCCACGAAUUCCCUACGGCAACAACCAUUUCCUACCGGCUCUUACCUAUAUGCUACGAGUUUGGCCUGCCCCAGGGUCACACAUCUGAUUGUCCUGACUACCUCAACAUCGCAACCGAAACCUACAUCAAAGAAGCGCUAGCAAAUUUACUCGGAAAGGUCGCCAACAACGGCCCCGGGUACGUCCGAACGGGCGAAUUCAAGAAGAAGCUUGCCAGAGAAGAACGCCUCGUCGAACGGGGUGAAUUGGCAAGGGGCACGGCAGGCGAGCUACCCGUCGAAGCCGAAGAGCGACGGAAGAGAAAGUUAUUAUGCAUGGAAGACUUGCGUCUAGCGCUUGCCUUGGGAGACUCGUAUCUAGGACAAACACCCUUCAUCGCAGGUUCAGUUAUGAACUCGCGCUUUCUCGACACCGAAGGCAUCGAGGACAUUUACAAUCCGCCCCGGAAACCAGUGCUGACAAAUGGCGUUGGUAUCAACGGUACCGGCACCGCAAAUGGCAUCAAUGGUAUCGGCAAUGCAGGGAAACUUGAUCUUAACGGUGAGACAUGGACGAUCGAUUUCGGGGACCCCAUGCAGAUCGAUGACGAAGUGGGUAUGCAUUGGCAAGGUGGUAGUGUGCAGGACAUGGCCGAGAUGAACGAUGCGCUCGAUGAUGUUUUGAACCUUGGAGAUCUUUAG